UAAAACCGACCUGACGGUGCUCAAUUGUUGUCUUUCUGGCUGCGUUCAUUCCACAACCUUCUACCUGCCCGUUCCUCUAGUCUUCUCUCUCCCCCCCUCCCCUCCCCUUUUCUUUGAUUCCCUCGCCAUCAUCACCUUACCGCGCCUAAAUCUUUAAAUCCCGCCUCGAACCCUUCGAAUGGGCAACUGUUGCUCAUCCACAAACCCAGCCAUCCACUCUCCAACUUCAUCCCCAACUAGUACCCCCCUCAGCAGUCCCUUUUCUUCCACUUCACACGAAAAGAAGUCCCACUCAGACUCCAUCGAUCGUCAAAUAGCCGCUGACUCCCGAACCCUCAGGAAAGAAUGCAAGAUAUUGUUGUUAGGAUCCGGUGAGAGUGGGAAGAGUACGAUUGUCAAGCAGAUGAAGAUCCUUCAUCAAGGCGGGUUUAACGAGGAUGAGUUGUUGUUGUAUAGGGGUGUUGUGAAUGGGAAUCUGGUCGAGUGCACAAAGGGUAUUUGUUGGGGUGUCGAAAGGAAAUUGGGGAUUGACAAGGUGAAUCCAGCUUGGUUGCCCCACAUCCAAUCUAUCCUUGCCUUCGAAGACCCACCCGUUUCCUCCCAACCGCUCAUCUUCCCACCCCUCCCUGCAUAUUUAGGAGAAUCCAUCGCCUUCCUCUGGUCUGAUCCUUCCAUAAAAGCAAUCGUUGAUGAACGGAUCGUUCCAUCUCCAUCUCCACCGUCUUCCUCUGACUCUCCCUCAUCAUCAUCAUCCUCCGUACCAUCGUCUACGCUUCGCCCCAAUUCGUUAGGUCUUCCCUAUUCAUCUUCGUCGUCUGCGGGCUCUACUUCCAAGGGAGGUGGCGGUGGCGGUGGUGGCGGGGCACUCAUAGCAAGUAAUAGUAUGGUAGCAGGAAUGGGAGAAAGGACUGGGAAUUUUUACUUUAUGGAUUCAGCAGCGUACUUUCUGAGUCAUGCGAGGAGGAUAUGUUCGAGGAAUUAUGUCCCUAAUUUCACUGAUGUGUUGAGGGCAAGGGCGCAGACGACGGGGAUCACGGAGACGAAGUUUAGUAUGGGCCAGUUGAAUAUCCACAUGUUUGACGUGGGCGGUCAACGCUCCGAGCGUAAAAAAUGGAUUCACUGUUUCGAAUCCGUCACCUCCAUCAUUUUUUGCGUAGCUCUAUCAGAAUACGAUCAGCCUUUGAUCGAGAAUCCUACUCAAAAUCGGAUGAAAGAGUCCCUGGCAUUGUUUGAUUCGGUGGUCAAUUCGAGAUGGUUCUUCUCGACGAGUAUCAUCCUUUUCUUGAAUAAGAAGGAUGUGUUUAUGGAGAAGAUUGCGGGGAAGGCUGUAUCGGAGGGACAGGGUGUUGGGAGUGGGAGUGGGAGUGGUGCGGGAGGGCGGAGUGGGAGUCGGGGAGGUGGGAGUGUAAAUGAGGGUGUGAGCGAGCGAAGUGUGAGGGGGUUAGGGGAGCCGUUAGAGGGUAUCUUUCCGGAAUAUACGGGCGGGAGGGAUAUGAACAAGGCAGCCAAGUUUAUUUUGUGGAAGUUCUCGCAGGCAAAUAGGGCGAGCUUGACCCAAGCGACCGAUACAAGAAAUAUUGAACUCGUCUUUGCAGCGGUGAAAGAGACGAUACUACAUAAUGCGCUGAAAGAUGCCGGGAUCAUGUAGACUGGGCUCGGCUUGGUUCUUUCUUCCAGGCCCUCUGGUAACAAUAAUGCCGACUCUAACCCCGCUUUCGAUCCGAGGUCAAGGCCCAAGGGUUGACCUGGUUGAUGGAUUGAGGCUUGUCCACCUUGUCCCGUGCGUUGGGCAGGAUACUUGUUGUGGUCGAAUAUCCACAUGUAACCCCCCGCCCCCGGCUCAUCCUUGUUCUGCCAGGCACAAGCAGCAAG